CCUGUAUGGUAUUCAUAUGGGUGUCACACUCUAACGUGUCCCCUCUCCCCUACAGAAAAUGUCCUUCAUGGUGGCUCUUGGCCUGGUCACUACAGAGACACUGGAAGAGAUCCAGACCAAGAGACAGGAGAGGAAGAGGCGGAGCACAGCCAACCCAGCCUACAGCGGCCUGGUCCAACCAGAGCGUAAACGCCUUGCAUCAAAUUACCUGAACGACCCGCUCUUCCUGUCAGUGAGAGCCACUGGGGACUACAGAUGGAAGGAAGAGCUGGAGCACGACGACCACUGCUCUGUGUGUAAGGGGGACGGAGAGCUGCAGCUGUGCCACAACUGCCCCAGAGCCUACCACCCUGACUGCCUGCACCCACCUCUCAAAACACCGCCCCGGGGGGUCUGGGUUUGCACAAAGUGUCAGAAGAAGGUUCUGAACAAAGAGAAUAUGUCGUGGCCACAGAACUUUGUCCAGUCCUAUGUGACACACAAGACGGGUGAGACUCCUUUACUUGGCUCGCAUGUGGCUGUUGGGCCUGCAAUUGAGAGAGGGGAGAAGAGGAGUCUACUCAGGAGGAAUGUAGAGCUGAAGAAGGAGUGUGCUCACCUGGAGGAACAGGACCAGCAACUCAGCAAGUCCCUCACGAAGGUGAUGGGCGUGCGGGAGCGUCUGAUUGGUCAACAGAGGGACACCCAGUCCUCCCUGGAGCGUCUCAAGGCUCUGAUUCGUCUGAUCCAAAGAGACCAGAUGAUCCAGGUUACCAUGACAGCCACCGCCACCACCACCGGAGUGUCCCUGCUCUCCCUGCCCUGGAUCAAACCCUCCGGCGCCGCCACACACACAGUGCCCCCUGCUGGACCGUCUAUGCUACUGCAGCAGAAGUCUCAGACACAGAGCCAGGCUCAGGGCAAUGUCUGAGCUCUAGGAGUACCACCCCAGCCCAUCAGGGGGCCACAGUUCACAGUCCAAGGUUGCGCCACAAAUGGCACUCUAUUCCCUAUAUACUGUAGAACUUUUAAUAAACAGACCCAUAGGGGAAGUUUCAAAUACAUGUCCAUUUGACAUCAGAGCUCUGGUCUAAAGUAGUGUACUAUAUAGGGAAUAGGGCUCUGUCUAUAGUAGUGUACUAUAUAGGGAAUAGGGCUCUGGUCUAAAGUAGUGUAAUAAAUAGGAAAUAGGGCUCUGGUCUAAAGUAGUGCACUAUAUAGGGAAUAGGGCUCUGGUUUAUAGUAGUGCACUAUAUAGGGAAUAGGGCUCUGGUCUAAAGUAGUGCACUAUAUAGGGAAUAGGGUUCUGGUCUAUAGUAGUGCACUAUAUAGGGGGGAAUUAGGGCUUUGGUCUAAAGUAGUGCACUACAUAGGGAAUAGGGUGCCAUUUGGGACUUAGACGAAGUAUCCAUGCCACGUGGCCACCUGUCACAGAGACAUUGAAGACAGCGGGUUUUUUUUUAAGAAGAAGUAGAAGAAGUAGAAGUCAGAGACUCCAUUGAAACCAUUGAAUAUCAGUGAACCGUACGGUUGAAGAGCUGGAGGGGGAUGAACGAGAAACACACAAAAAAAAAACCACAUCUUCCUUUUCACUACAUUUCAUGAUAAGUAUUUUUUAAACCCAACACCUACAGUGCUUACGAGAUUUAUUUUAUUUAUAGUUUUUUAUUUUUUUGUGGUAUUUAUUAUUGUAAUUAUCAAUGUUUCCUGGCCUUAAUGUAUUUACUCUGACUGUAAAGAAGCUCGAUCACAGUGCUGCAAAAUCAAAUAGGUAUUUUCUGUGUGGCCGAAAAAUAUUUUAGAUUUUUUUUUAUUUUAUAAACCGGUAUAAUAUUUGUUCUGCAUAUAGAGAGAGAGAGAGAGAGAGACAACACUAGCGUAGUUAGUUACAAAUGAACAAUGGAUAUUAAGAAGUGGGGACAAAGGACUGCUAUAAAUG